AUGAGUAGGCACCACGCCUUUGCGAAUGGGUAUACGGCCUACCCGCGAGGAGGCCAAGGCACAUUUUCCAUCUCUCCCCAUCGAUUCCAACCACGCUCACAACCUGCCUUGCGACGGCGAAAACAACUCGUCCAACGAUUGUUCCUCUUCGGCGGUGUCGCAUUCCUCCUCCUGAUCCUCAUCUUCCCAUCAUGGCGAGCCUCCGUUCUCCCCGUGCUCUCACUCGGUCUCCUCUCCUCAUCACCGGAACAUCUACAUAUACAGACGGUGCGAUAUUAUGACCUCGCGAAAACCAAGGGCACAUCGAGUGGGUGGGAGCACGAGGAACGGGUGCUCAUGUGCACCCCUCUCCGCGAUGCCGCUUCCCACCUGCCAAUGUUUUUUUCGCAUCUCCGAAACCUUACGUACCCGCACCAUCUCAUCGACCUCGCCUUCCUCAUAUCCGACUCGAAAGAUCAGACGAACGAGAUGCUGCUGAAAAUGCUGGAGGAGCUUCAGCACGACCCGAACCAAGAUAUGCCGUUCGGCGAGAUUUCUGUCAUACAAAAGGAUUUCGGACAGCAGGUGAAUCAGGACGUGGAAAGCAGGCAUGGUUUUGCUGCGCAGGCGGGGCGUAGGAAGCGGAUGGCUCAGGCGCGGAAUUGGUUGCUCAGCGCGACACUUCGACCGACACACAGCUGGGUCUAUUGGAGAGACGCCGAUGUGCUUACGGCACCGACUACCAUUCUGGAAGACCUUAUGAGACACGAUAAAGAUGUCAUUGUUCCAAACGUUUGGCGACCAUUACCCGAUUGGCUCGGCGGCGAACAACCAUACGACCUGAACUCCUGGCAAGAGUCGGAGACGGCUCUAGCACUCGCAGACACUUUAGACGAGGACGCAGUCAUUGUGGAAGGCUACGCCGAAUACGCCACCUGGAGGCCUCACUUGGCCUACCUCCGUGACCCGUACGGAGACCCUGACAUGGAAAUGGAGCUGGACGGAGUAGGAGGCGUCAGUAUUCUCGCCAAGGCAAAGGUGUUCCGGGCAGGUGUCCACUUCCCGGCCUUUAGUUUCGAGAAGCACGCGGAGACCGAGGGAUUUGGCAAGAUGGCCAGACGUAUGGGCUUCUCCGUCGUCGGGCUACCUCAUUACACCAUUUGGCAUCUGUACGAACCCAGUGUCGAUGAUCUGCGACACAUGGAGGAGUUGGAAGAAGAGCGAAAAGCCAUCGAAGACGAGGAACACGCACAAGCCGAGCGAGCGGAACGCACAGAAACCUACUACAAGGAUCCCAAAGUCGAGUCCGAAAUCGACAAUGCGUUCGUCCGCGACUCCGUCAACGAAGAGCAGCGCGCAAACCCCAAGACGACGGAGGACGAGAAGACGAAGGGCUCUUCAAUCGACUAUUCCGGCGCCGCGGCGGACUCGGUUUCGGAGAAGCCAAAGGGUCAGGUCAAGACCACGGUUGACGACGAUGACGUUCAUGAUGAAAAGAGGACUCCACCGCAGCCUCAGCCUCAGGCUGGCAGUGGUCAGAAGCAGCAGGUCAAGGCUCGCUCUACGGUUUAG